UAGCAGGAGGAAACAUCAACUCUCCUCAGUCGUCAUUUCUCGGAGUGUGGUCUUGUCUUCUGUCAGACUUCGUACGAUUUUCUUUACAAGAGAGUUACUGUCUAAACAUUGAGAUGGCUAGAGUCAAGAAAAGAAACCGCUGUCAACUAGUUGCUGUCUGUUUGAUUCUACUUUUUACUCCAGCUGAGCCUCAGUGUGUCAGUGACUGUACGGGAAAAUCCGGUAACUACCCUGACUGCCAGAGCUGCAGCCUGUUCAUAGAGUGCAACCAGGACUACUACUACAGGAAAUCCUGCGAGAGUGGAACUUACUUUGAUGGCGACUCGCAGACAUGCACCGCAUACAUGCCUAUAUACUGCGACCAAGACGGGAACUACGUUGGCGAAGGCGCUGUGGGAUAUCCCAGCUAUACCCCUGAUCCUACAUACGCCACCACACCAACAUCGUACUACGCCACCCCGGCCCCAUACACCACCCCCUCCUCGGAUCAGCUCGACUCCGACCCUUUCGCGGCUCUGGACAGCAUGUUCGAACCCCAACCAGCUAGCCCCAAAAACGACGACCCGUUUUCCGCGCUAGACAACAUGUUCCAGCCCUCUAACGAUGGCGGGAUGUCUCUGAACGACGUCUUCAACACCGCCGCGGAUCCGUACUCCUACGGGUCUCCUAUGGAUUUCGGAAACACAUUCGACGCUUCAGCUGUAGACUACGGCACGCCGGUGACUUACACUACCGCCAACCCCGGGACGACGGCUUUACCUUACUAUCCAACUUACAAAGAGCCGUACGGAUCCACAGCGGCCCCUCCGGCGUAUUCACCACCCCUGAGCAGCGGGGCCAACCCGCCGUACUACUACGAGGUACCCUACGGUACCACAGCAUCGCCGUCAUACUCUCCAAACUACGAAUCUCAGUACGACAACCUGGCCGCCCCGGCGCCCUACUACUCCCCCUCCACCGCAGCGCCGCCGGCGUACACCCAAACCUCUCCGCCCAAAUACAACCCCGUGGCCGCCCCACCGCCUUACUACGCCCCCGCGUCAUACCCCUCCACUGCUGCUCCACCAACAUACGAUAAAAACUACAGCCCAACAUAUGCCCCUCCCACAUACAACGCCCAACCCCCAUCUUACCCUGUACCCUCAAGCCCAAACACUUACAGCCCAUCCCCGAGCCCCGCAACAUACACUGCACCCCAGUACCCCGCGCCCGCUCAGUACACGCCCAGUUCCCCUCCAUCUUACCCAUCAUACGGGACAAAUAACACUGCUGCUACCCAAGAUUACGACGACUGCAGUAAUUCUUGUUCGGGUAAAUCCGAUGGCAACUAUCCAGACUGCACAUUCUGCAACAAAUACUUGGUGUGUAGCAAGGGCGUUGUCAGCAGCUACACGUGCGGGUAUGGACAGUACUACGACGAGAAGGUGGGGGCGUGUCAGCAGGACACACAAUACCAGUGCUACAGUGCUCCAUCGGCAUCGGCGUCACCCACAUACACACAGCAAGUGGGUAGUGAGCCGCACGCUGGUUCAUAUUCAGACAACACAGUGUUCAACUACUGUACCCCAUCGUGUCGGGACCACACCGGGGCCAGCCUACCCUCGGGCCAGUACCUCCACUGUCACGACUGCUCCCUCUACGUCCACUGCUCCAACGGCAUCUACACGGAGACCCGCUGUCCGGCCACCACCAUCUACGAGGGCACCGUGGGAGUCUGUGUGUUCGGAUCCAAGUCGGACUGCAAACAAGUGACUCAGUUCCCUGGCAACACUCAGCCGUCCUACACUGGGCAGGCGUAUGCCACAUACCCGUCCCCAGCCCCACAGUAUACCAGCCCACCAGCCACAUCAUACGCCAACCCACCUUACUCCAGCCCACCAGCCACACCAUACGCCAACCCACCAGCCACACCAUAUGCCAACCCACCAGCCACACCAUAUGCCAACCCACCAGCCACACCAUAUGCCAACCCACCAGCCACACCAUACGCCAACCCACCAGCCACACCAUACGCCAACCCACCAGCCACACCAUACGCCAACCCACCAGCCACACCAUACGCCAACCCACAAGCCACACCAUACGCCAACCCACCAGCCACAUCUUACUCCAACCCUCAAGCUACACCUUACGCCAGCCCAUCUGCGUACGCCAACCCACCAGCCACACCAUACGCCAACCCACCAGCCACAUCUUACUCCAACCCUCAAGCUACACCUUACGCCAGCCCAUCUGCGUACGCCAACCCACCAGCUAAACCAUACGCCAACCCACCAGCCACAUCUUACUCCAACCCUCCAACUACACCUUACGCCAGCCCCUCUGCGUACGCCAACCCACCAGCCACAUCCUACACCAACCCUACAGCCACGUCCUACACCAGCCCACCUGCUUAUGCCAACCCACCAGCCACAUCCUACACCAACCCACCAGCAUAUACCAACCCCACAUAUGCCAACCCACCAGCCACAUCCUACACCAACCCAUCAGCUGCGAACUCCCUGUACGCCAGCGAUCAGUCGCCCAAGUCUCCUUUCACCAACCUAGUGUCCCACCAGUGUAUCACGUCAUGUGUGACCAGCGGGGGCCGGGCGCGGGAGAACGGCAUCUACCCCAUCUGCAACAACUGCCGCUCCUUCAUCAUGUGCGUGUGGGGCUUGACCACCACCCAGGACUGUCCGGCCGGCACGUCCUUCAGCAACAACCUGUUGGUUUGUGACUGGGAUAGGGCCGGCAAGUGCACGGCUAAUGGUUUCCAGUCUCUGCAGGCUCAGAACCCUGGUGAUGGUGUAAUGACAGUUCACCCAACUCUCCUGGAAUCGUGCCAAAGUACCGACGGGCCAGUGGCCGACGGUCAGUACGGCUCAGAGAACUACUGCAACAUGUACAUACGCUGUGAGAGGGGUCAGGCGACCCGGCUGUUCUGUGACAGGGGUCAGCUGUACGCAGAGAACCAGGGCGCCUGUGUGGCAGACAUUGAUGGAAUCUGUGUCCAGUCUUCGGAUGAUUUAGGUCAAGGUUUUGCACCUGUUGUGCCAGAAUCUCAGCCCAGACCAGUCGAGUCGACUCUACCAGUGUUUACGGGAUGCAUCAGGAGCUGUAUAGAGGGAGGUAUUGUACGGCAGAACGGCAGGUACAGCCACUGUGAUUACUGUAACGUCAUACUGGACUGUCAGGGCGGUGCGCAGGCGCAGUACUUCUGUCCGGACCACGAGAUGUACAUGGAGGCCACGGGCAAGUGUGAGAAGGACUUCAAGGGGGAGUGUUACGCCGAGCCCUUCAAGCUGUCGGUGCUAGACUUCUGUGUGGACUCGUGCACCGACGUGGCCGACGGCCGCUACAGCUCCUGCACCUACUGCAACGUCUACGUGGACUGUAUCGGCGGGGUGGAGAAGAUGGGCUUCUGUCAGCAGGGGGAGAAGUAUGGCAGGGUCGAAGGUCAAUGUGUGGUGGAUACUGAUCAUGAGUGCACACCUGAUAGCGGCGAUAUGACAGUCUUCGACCAGUGUGUGGAGGAUGAAACAGCACCUGGCAACUACCAAGACGGCCGGUAUGCCAGUUGUAGCUACUGCAAUGUUUACUUCGAGAGGACCAACAACGUGUGGGAGAGGAGGUUUUGUUCUGACCGGAACAAGUACGUGCAGGCGUCUGGCGCAUGCGUGGAGGACACUACUGGAGAAUGCUUCACUGAAGGCGCGGGCAACAAUACCUUGGCACUUCCACCCUCCCACCCCGAUUGUAUCAAAGACUGUAUGGGUGACGACGGUCCCGUGGCCGACGGCUUCUACUCCCACUGUGAGUACUGCAACGCCAUCCUCACGUGCAUCGGGGGCGUGACCAUGUUCGAGUUCUGUAGCCCGGGGUACGGCUACAACAUGGACAAAGGGAAGUGCGACCUUGACCCUAACCGAAAAUGCGAAGAGCCGCUGAACUUGCCGGAGCCAAUCACGUUUGAUGAGCCGGACAACCAGAUGGUCCUGAUCAAGGCGACACGACCUGGCGUCAACCUACUCACGGCGUGCCUGGACUCCUGUGUGGGACCCAACAACCAGCUGGCACCGGACGGCUACUACAGCUACUGUCCGGAAAAAUCCGGCUACAUCCUGUGCGACAAGGGCCGGACAUUCAUCUACUACUGCAUGGAGGGCGCGACAUACCUGGCGGAGAACGGCACGUGCAUGAUAAGUUCUCUGAGCACUGCCAAGCAUGGACAAUCUGUUCUAAGAGAAGGCGAACUAGGUCACCCCGCCUGCAUCAGCAACUGUUUCUUCUACGACAAAGUGGCGCCCUCUGGCAGGUACCGCCACUGCGAGCACUGCGCCCAGUCUGUCGUCUGCAGCGGUAACCUCAUGCACCGUGAGUCCUGCCCAGUGGGGACACGCUACUACUCACCUGCUGGCACGUGCGAUGAGGACACGAUAGGCCAAUGUUGGCCCAGCACAAACCUCCCCGCCACCUCCGCUGUUCCAUCCAACGCCCUGGUCCUCAACCAACCGGUCGCCAAGUCCGACUUGGUUCGAAUGCUCCAAGACGCCAGGGAGGGCCGGCUGUUCUGGGGCCAGUCCCAACUCACGGACUACAUCCUGGGGCUGCUGCGUGAGAUGGCUAACAGGAUGAUGGUGCCGGUGGAGACACAGGCGCCGCUAAUGGCAGCACCAGCGGUCGACCCCAACGCACCAAUGAUGGGACCUCAACCCCUGUUCGACCCCAACACCAACCAGUACUACUACCCGCCACAGAUGUACCUCCCGCCCCCACCCAGUUACGAGAACCCACAGACGUACCUGCCACCCUACCAGCCCUACCCCACAGACCCGAACAUGGGAUAGAUCCCGCAUUGUGAAGCCAUCUGACCGCAAGCAGGUUGUCCAUUUCAAUCAUGAUCAUCUUUUGUAACUCUUGCCAAUCAAAUA